GGCAGUUGCUGGGGGUGGGGCUCUGGCUUGGGGUCUGAGCGAGCGUCAGGCGCGGCCAUGGCGCUGAAGCAAGGGCCUACAGGGCACUACAGCACAGCGGAUCAGAUGCUAAGAGAGCAGCAGUGGAGUGCUGAAUCGGCAGAGGGCAAAAGGAACAUGGCAGACGGCGGGACAGCGUCGGCAAGUCGCCCAAACUGAUUUUCCGGAUUGCUGGCUACAGCGGGAACGAGUCCGCGCUAGCAUUCCGCGAGCUAGUGCCAGGUACGUACCCCUCGCUCCCAAAUUCGAGAAAAAUAAAAAUAAAAAGUCCCGGUUUAGGGCUCAACCCACACAAACGGCAAAAAAUUGAUUGAAGCGCCAAACCGCUCUCAGGGCCACUCACUUUCCAGCGAAGCUCCCCCCAGCCCUCCAAGUGCCUCGUCUCUGGAAAACCCGCGAACUUUCUCCCCCUCUGCAACAAGACAGAAUUUCCAGUCAACAGCAAGACUCGAAAAUAAUUCAAAAUGUCCCACCCUGGUGCUCAGAUCUCCAAGCGGAGAAAGUUCGUCGCCGACGGUGUCUUCUACGCCGAGCUCAACGAGUUCUUCCAGCGCGAGCUCGCUGAGGAGGGCUACUCCGGCGUCGAGGUCCGCGUCACUCCCACCGUCACCGACAUCAUCGUCCGCGCCACCCACACCCAGGAGGUCCUCGGCGAGCAGGGCCGCCGCAUCCGCGAGCUCACGUCGCUGAUCCAGAAGCGCUUCAAGUUCCCCGAGAACUCCGUCUCCCUCUACGCCGCAAAGGUCCAGAACCGUGGCCUGUCCGCCGUCGCCCAGUGCGAGUCGCUGCGCUACAAGCUGCUCAACGGCUUGGCCGUCCGCCGUGCCUGCUAUGGUGUCCUGCGCUUCAUCAUGGAGUCCGGCGCCAAGGGCUGCGAGGUUGUCGUCUCCGGCAAGCUCCGCGCCGCCCGUGCCAAGUCCAUGAAGUUCACCGACGGCUUCAUGAUCCACUCUGGCCAGCCCGCCAAGGACUUCAUCGACAGCGCCACCCGCCACGUCCUGCUCCGACAGGGUGUCCUGGGAAUCAAGGUCAAGAUCAUGCGCGGCUCCGACCCCGAGGGCAAGGCCGGCCCCCAGAAGUCUCUCCCCGACGCCGUCACCAUCAUCGAGCCCAAGGAGGAGGCUGCUGUUCUCCAGCCCGUCAGCCAGGACUACGGCGCUAAGGCCGCCCAGGCCCAGGCCAGCCAGGAUGCGCGAGUUGCCGAGCAGGAGGGUGCCGCUGAGGAGGAGGCCCAGCCCGCCGCUGAGGAGCAGCAGUAGGAUGCUGACGGUGCAGCUGACGGCUGGUGAAAAAAGGGUUGAAGGAAGGGAGUCUUUUUUCUUUUUUGUAUGUGCAUGAUGAGGGAAACCCAGAGAGAAAGAAGAGACCAACAAAGAAUAGGAACGUUUUGUUGUUGUGUAAGCGUGGAUGAUAUCAAGCCACAAGGCAAAGGGAUGGCGGUCAAACUUUAGGCGUCAAUGAACAUUUGCAUCUGCUAAAGGGCAUGGAAAGGUUUCGUCUUGUUUUUUUUAAAAAAAAACAUGGUAGACAACAUUAAGCCAUACAUUGAAAAAGUGAGACUGACUCGAAAAUCUUUGAGUAAAACAA